AUGUCAUCAGAACUAGCAGAGACCUACGACCACACCGGCGCACCGGUAAAACACGGCCGCAUCCGCGUCAAUGGAAUCCGCAUGCAUUAUAUCACUGCAGGCAGCGGUCCCCCUCUGCUGCUGCUCCACGGAACCCCAAAGAACAGUUUCUACUGGUACAAAGUCUUCCCACUCCUAACACAGCACUUCACCGUGGUGGCACCCGAUCUGAGAGGAUUUGGCUAUACAGACAAGCCCCCGGCGACAGAUGGCUAUGACAGUAAAACACAGGUCGAUGAUCUCGAGUCCCUGAUGACACAGCUGGGCCAUGAGAAGUUCUAUCUGCAUGGGGAAGAUCGGGGUGCGGAUUAUGCUUAUGCUGUGGCGGGUUACUUGAGGGAGCGGGUGAUCAGGUUGAGUUUUUGUGAGAUGUUGCUUUCUGGCUUGGGACUGGAAGAGAGUUCUUUCUGGACGCCGGAGAAUGUCACAGCGCAGUAUCGGCAGGAGGGUGUUUGGUGUUGGCAUCUCGGUUUCUUCUACAUCCCUCACAUCCCCGAGAUGCUAAUUCAAGGCCACGAACGCGAAUUCUGGGAAAUGUUCAUGAAACAAGAAUGCUACAAUCCGUCCAGCAUCUCACCUCUAGCUCUAAACCACUGGAUCGACUGCGUAAAGCAGCCCGGCUGCCUGCGGGGGAUCCUGGAAACUUAUCGCUCUGGUUUCGUGAACGGAGAGCAGAAUCGCGAGUUGGCGAAGAAGAAGUUGACGAUUCCAGUGAUGACGAUCGGGGCUCCCGAGUUCUUUGGUCCUAAGGUGAAGGAAUGUGCAGAGUUGUUUGCGGAGAAGGUUGAGCGGAACGAGUUGUUUGAGGAGUGUGGACAUUCGCUUGCGCUUGAGCAGCCGGAACGGUUGGUGAUGUGUCUAAAGGAAUUCUUUCUGGGGUCAAAGGCGUAA